UCCAUCCUGUUGCUGCCAUUCUCUUGGCGGAGGCAUCUGGGGUUCCAGGCAGGCGGCAGCUGCAGGCCCACCGCCCGGCUCGCGGGAUGGACUUGCCGCACAACCUGCUGUUCCUUGUCAUCAUCUCCAUCUUCCUGGGGCUGGGCCAGCCUAGAAACCCCAAAGGCAAGAGGAAGGGGCAAGGGCGGUCUGGGCCCCUGGCCCCUGGGCCUCACCAGAUGCCGCUGGACCUGGUGUCUCGAGUGAAGCCAUAUGCCCGCAUGGAGGAAUACGAGAGGAACCUUGAGGAGAUGGUGGCCCAGCUGAGGAACAGCUCUGAGCCAGCCAGGAGGAAGUGUGAGGUCAACUUGCAGCUGUGGCUGUCCAACAAGAGGAGCCUGUCGCCCUGGGGCUACAGCAUCAACCAUGACCCCACCCGUGUCCCUGCGGACCUGCCGGAGGCGCGGUGCCUGUGUCUGGGCUGCGUGAACCCUUUCACCAUGCAGGAGGACCGCAGCAUGGUGAGCGUGCCCGUGUUCAGCCAGGUGCCUGUGCGCCGCCGCCUCUGCCCGCUGCCGCCGCGCACCGGGCCCUGCCGCCAGCGCGCCGUCAUGGAGACCAUUGCCGUGGGCUGCACUUGCAUCUUCUGAACCGCCAAGGCCCUGA